GCUUGGGCCAAACAAACCUGUCUCGCCUCGCCCGACUGGCUGACUGACUGACUCCCCGUCCCCACCACCUGCGCCCCCACCUCGCCACCACCACCCCGCCGCCGCCUCCCGCGCCCGGCUCCCACUCCCACCCCGCCACGCGCGAUGCAGGCCCGCGUCGUCGUGUUCCCCGUCAAGGGCCGCGCCUGGUGCUUCGCCCGCCCGCGCGCCUCCUCCGCCGCCGCACCCGCUGCCGCUGGCGGUGAUGGCGUCCUUCCGCCACCGCCGACCCUGAAGGACCUCUGGCGCGGCAUCGCCUCCGGCGGACGCACGGCGCCGGAGAAAGCCGAGGCCGUCGUCGACUUCGUCGCGGACAAGAUGAACCGGGCGUGGAUCGGGUUCGGGAGCGCGCCGGAGGGGUCGAUGAAGAGCCGGAUCCACAGCUUCGGGCUGAAGCUGCUCUCGCGGGUGCGGCCGUCGGAGGUGCUCUUGAAGUCGGUGACGAAGGAUGUAAGCGCACUCGACAUCGUGCAUCCGGCGAGUAUAAAUCCUCGUCUUGUGCGUCGACGGUUGCGGCAUAUUGCUGUUAGGGGUGCAUCAGUUCACAGGAAAUUUCUUUAUGGCUCAGUUUGUUUGCUUCCAGUUACUAGUGUUUUCAUGGUACUGCCUUUACCAAACAUACCAUUUUUUUGGGUGUUAUUUCGUGCUUAUUCUCAUUGGAGAGCUCUACAGGGAAGUGAGAGGCUCCAGUUACUAGUUUCUGACUGCUCAGAUCAAUGGAAAGUCCUUGAGAAGAAGAAAGAGAUUAGUUCAGGAAAGGAUAGUAACCCCUGUGAAAAUGCUCAGAAUUCUCCUUUGAAUUUGCGGCCAUCGAAAAAGCUUGAUGGGUUUCUCAAAAGGAGAAACUUGGAUGAAGGUUUGGACUGUGAUACCAUUUCGAGCAUAUGCAAGGAGUAUGAUCUGGACAAGAUUGAUGUUCUCAAGUACAGGGAUCUGCCGUAACCACAUCCAGAUCCUUGUUCUGAAGUUUUUUCCGUAGUCCACUGAUGCUUGUACGGUAAAAUUCUUCUACUAGCGAGACCAAGCUCAAGGGUGCAGGAGUCGCACGGGACCACUAACUACUGGCGAUCAAAUGCGGAUUUUUUUUUUAAAUAGCACCAGUCAUUCUUGUUAUGCUUCAGAUCAGGCUGCUGCUAGUUUAGUAAGCUGAGAAACAAAGAGGCAUUACAUUUUGCUAGCUGCCUAGCUCUUCCGUUUCAACACCUGUCAGAAUUUUCAGCCGUGAACUGUGAACAAUGAAGCCAAAUGUAGGGUUGAGAUUGACAAAUUAGUACGUGGCACGAUUUUAGUC